GGGCUUGUAUGUUUCUCUCAUAUUUCUACAUUGUCACUUUGUAGAGAACGCUAUCAAAUAUGUUCAGACAAGCACCACGUCAUCUCAAGGCGCCUUUGCGCGACGUUCACUCCCAAGUUGCAAGGUUAGGACGAGGAGUUCACACCAAGACUCAUACAAUACGAGGUUCUCAGCGGGCUAUUAUUCUUGCAUCAUCCACCGCUGCUGUCGGAGGAUUAAUAUGGUAUAACUCAAAAACUACCAUUCAUGGCGAUGCUCCCGAGACCAAUCCCACCGAAGCUGUUCUCAAAGCAAAGCAGGCAUUGUGUACUGGCAUCAACGAGGAUGGAAGUUUAACCGCGGUAGUAUGGGGUUCGAAUAAGUCCAAUAUAAUAUCACCUGAAAAUCCUGGGAUAGAGUCCGUACGAAUACCAUCAGUCGCAAACUGGCUUCAGAAUGUAGCUUUACGCGACUUGGCACUUCAUGAUCAGCAUGCUGCCUGUGUAGACGCACGAGGAGACGUCUAUCAGUGGGGUAAUGGUUUUUAUGGUUCGGCUCCCAAGUCCGACGCAGAGGCGAUGGGCAGAAAACCAACGUUGACGCUACAAGGAAAGAAUAUCAUUCGGUUGCAAUUAACUGGGUCCCGCGUGUUCGCUUUGUCGGCGUCAGGAAAGAUAUAUGUGUUUGCAGCUAAAGCAGGUCAACAGAAAUCUCCUGUUGGUGCACCAACGCCGUCUAGUACACCAUGGUGGGGAACUGGUUGGUUUUGGGGCGAAGAAGAAGCGGCUAUCGACUUUGCUCAACUUACGCCAAAGGAAGCAUUCGGCUGGAAAGAACGAUUUGUAUCGAUAGCCGCUGGCCGCGAUCACCUUCUUGCACUCACCUCCACGGGGCGAACUUAUGCACACCCUAUCAACAAGAAUGCAAACUCACAUGGUCAGCUUGGCUUCCGAAAAUUCGAUAUUCCAAUUCCAUCGAGUUCGACAGUUAUGAGUCCUUCCUCUCGCCUGGCUGUCGAGCUUGUUCCAAAAUCUAUAGCGGACCCUUUCGCCAAUUCAACACCCUUCUCACGUGCUGAUACUCCAUCGGCGGGACCUACUGUAUCAGAUAACUUGCAACAGCUUGAUGACCAGAACAUAGGAUUUUCUGAUACGUUGUUCGAGAUCCAAGCUUUAAAGGGAAUCAAUGUCUCCCAGAUCGCUGCGGGGGGACGCAGUAGCUACGUCCUAACUGAUUCUGGACGAGCGCUUGGCUGGGGCGCGAAUGAAUUUGGCCAGGUAGGCCUGGGCAGCAAUGUGACUCUGGAUACCAUCACCGUGCCCACAGAAAUAGUUCUAUCGAGAAAUGUACCAGGCUCCCUACGAACAAGUUGCUUGGACAUUGCAGCAGGAGGGGAUCUAGCCUGCUUUGUUGCAGAACGGUCUGGUGGGAAUACGGCUGCGUUCGUCGAUCUGCUGAUGUGUGGUAACGGCCAGUGGGGGGGACUCGGUAAUAAUGUUUUCUCCAACGCUCAAGGUAAUCCUCUACGCGUCAAGAAUGUCAGCGGGCUUCGUGAAUUUGACGAAAAAGAGCAAGCGCUAACGCCCAUAUUCCCUCAUGCGAUAUCAAUAUCUCCCACUGGUCACGUCUUAAUGACCUUGGAUACUAGAUCGCAGGCUGGCUCAGGUGCAACAGGUCGUGAUCUCCUUGUCUGGGGCACUAAUCGAGAUUACCAACUUGGGACGGGAAAGAGGACCAGUCUUGCGGUACCCACCAACUUGGAGCAAGCCGACAGUACUCGCUUUAUGCUCGCAAAUGCAAAGGCACCCGUCAGGGACCUUUCGGGGAAGCUAUGGAAGAAGGGCGUUGAAGUGGAACAAUGUGCUGUUGCGGGAUAUGGAAACAGCAUCGUAUACUGGAAAAUCCGCUGAGUAAAAAACAUUGUGUAUCAUAUUGUACUGUAUAUUGGCAGCUAGGUAGUUGCAAUCCCACACUCCCAGUUCAUUUACAUCUUCCUGAUUACCAUACCCCUGAUCGAGAAGGUUGGAGUGCGUUGCCUCUCGGCCGUGGGAUGCCGGGUAUAGUGUUGGAAGUCACCACCGAUUGAACUGCAGGGAUGGGCUUCUGCAAAAUGAAAUUCAAGAAACUGAUGCAGCGGUGAUGGCAGCCGUUUCUUCAUCCUUCCGCAUCUUCUCCACAUAUAUGAAAGUCAUAACGAUUGUGUCUAAGAUAUGUUCACCGGCUGGGUAUAUCUCGAGGUAAGGUGGAUGCUUCUCUCCAAUGAUACCCAAGCUUCUGUUGUGCAAGCAAGCUAUAGGAGUAUCCGAGCCGUCUCCUAGUUCAAGAUCAAGCCGUCGGCGUUGGAGCAUCCAUUUGUAUUUCUUUCCGUCUGGGGCUGUAAAUGCGCGAUUGCGUUUGAUCAACCCACUACUUGGAAUAUAAUCCUGGGCUCGAACUUCUUUGCCGUCGAAACGGAUUUUAGACGACGUCCAGGUGUGCCAUUCGAUUUCUGCUAAGACGUCAAACUCAUCGCGCAUGUUAAGCGGGGAGGAGCUGGGCCUGAUUUUCCACAGGGUGGUAGUGCGCGAAGUCCAGCUAGGAGUAGUUGUUUUAUAAAUGACCUGACCCUCUGAGUUGGUCAUGAUUGUAUCAAAAACGUAAUCACUUGAAAGUGCAAGUUGCAUGGUGAACGAGGAAAUGGUC